AUGGAGAACGUCAAUGUCCCUGAACUGGUCGAGCGCCUGGGCAGCGACGAAGAUGCCGUGCGCAAAAUGGCCGUCUUCAAGCUCCAGGGCAACAUCGGCGACCCGUCCUUUGCGGACCUCUUCAUUGCAGAGGGGGGUCUGGUCCGAUUACGCUAUUUAACUCUCCAUGCGACUGGAAAUACUCUGGCUUAUAGCUUGACGAGUUUUGCCAGGCUGCUCGACGUGGAUAAAGGGUGGGAAUGUGUUGAUCAGGAGUUGGUGGAACGGAUUGUCGAGUUGAUUGUCACCCAUCCCUUAGUCAAUAUCCUUCGAGGCGCCAUGUCAAUUCUCGUCUCCGUCGUCUCUCAUCCGUACAUCGGGAAUCGUGCAUCCCAGGUCGAUCACUUUGGUUUCCGUGCCUUGAAGCCCGCUAUUGCCAUAUACCCGCAGUUCCUGGAAAUGCUAGUGAGCCGCCUCUCCUCCGCCGACCACGCCCUGUGCGCCAAUGCGCUGCAAUUGAUCAACUCCCUGAUGCGCGACUCCAUUACACACGACGCCGAAGCAGAUUGGCCAAAGUUUAUCCAGAAGCUGCAGGACCUAGGUGUGAUCAGGGCUGUCUAUGUGCUUAUGCAAGACUCUGCUCUUCACGACCUGGCGCAUCCGUUACUUGAAUUCCAGUCGUUGACCAAAGUGCUGCUACGGAAAUGGCGCGACAUUCCAGUCAACCAAGAGAAGCCUGAACACCGCCGCGCACUGAAAGGGGUUCACCUGGCCAGUAACCCGCCGAAACACCCCGACGAGGCUAUUGAGAAUGGCGACGACACGCGACGCUCAAAGCGACACCAUCCGGAGAAGUGGAGGCGGCUUGGAUUCGAGACGGAAAGCCCAUCGAUGGAGUUCUACGAGGUUGGUUUCCUAGGUAUGAUGGAUCUGGCAGACUAUGUGCGCAGCCACCAGGAUGAAUUCCAAAAGAUGCUCUUGGAGCAUUCUACAAAGUCAGCACGACAACGUUGCCCAAUUGCACGCGCAUCUUUGGCUGUGACAUCGAUUCUAUAUGAGCAUUUUGAGGUGGACAAGUCCGAGAUGGAUGAUACCAAGACAUAUCUCAUUUCGGAAUCCCGCUCGGGCUUUGAUAAACUGUUCCAGCCAUUGCUAUUACACUGGACCCGUCUACAUGUCGCCGGAUUGCAGGCAUUCUUCCGCCUGUGGAAGGCAACAGCUGCUGAAGUUGAGGAUUUGGACAAGCUCAUCGAGCUCGUGCGCAUUCUCAUCGAAUCCGUUGUCGGUGGAGCUUCUCGGACCAAGGAUGUACAGGAUGUGGAAGAGGAGCUAGCCGAUUUCGAAUAUAACCGUCUGCGCGGGCUACAGAUGGAACUUCUUGAACUUACGUAUGAGGAUGCAUGGGGUCAGCACUUGCGCCAGGUGCGCGAGGAACUCCACCACGAAGCCCUUCAGUUUGUCAAGGAGCAGCGGAUCCGAUGUCUGCUUCGAGGUGCUUGGUUCGCCAUGGACUCUGGCUCCAAAUCUGAUGGAGCAGUGCCGAAGUCGACAGGGUCGCAUCAGUUUGCUCAACUCUCUCACAACCGACGAUAUUUACACUUCGGUGUAUUCAGCUCCAUGGGUGAUGGGGCUCCGGAGCUGGAUACUUUGCCAGAGAAAAUCGAUCUCUCAAUCGUGUCAUCUGUAGUCUCUAACAUCUCCACGACGCCAGACCAUGCUUCUUCGGUUACAGUGAAGUCUGCACCCCGUCAACCAGCAACUAAGAUCACAAUUCACGGUUAUGCCCAAUCUACUUCUAAUGGCCAAGGCAAGGGCCAUGGCCACACCCGCUCGGCCAGCAGGGCAACCCAAAAAGAGGUAGUCCUGCUUACGCUGCGGCCCUCAUCACACAGCAUUGCAUCCGAAUGGCUGGACGGUCUAUUGAUGCUUCUCAACCAGCAACCCAUCACGGCAGAAACCACCAAGCUGAUUGACCUGGUCAGCAACUACGGCUUGAAAAUCCGUCUUCUUAAUGUUCGCUUUGACGAUGCCACCUUUGCCGGCGAGGCUCCUCAGGUUCCAGCUCGCGGUGGCCUAGAUGAGGACUAUUAUUAUGAUGUAUUUGGCGGCGCAUAA